ACAUAAUAUAUUAGAAAAUAUAUAAUAAUUUAUAUAAAAUGGGUGACUAUCAAACGAAUGCAGAUGAUGACUUAAAUACAGAAUCUGUGGAGGUAUUACGAGAACGUUUGAAUACAAUGAAGCGAUUAAUGGCUGAGCGUAGUGUUCAACAGCAACAAAAUCCAGCUAGCACUGAAGAAAUUUGGUCAACUAGACGUCAUACGCCCGGUAUUAUAGAUGGGAAUUUUUUAAGUAUGGCCUUUGGUGGUGCUCUCUUAGUUAUAGUUUCGGUUUCCGUUUACGCUUUUUAUAAUUUAUAUCAUGCCAUUUUAAAGAAAUUCCCUUCUAAACACGAAGAAUUAUAAAUUAAUUGUGUAAACAAAAAUGAUGUUAUAUUAACAUAGAAAAUGUAUGCAUAUAUAUAUAUAUAUUCCAUUGGAAAUUAAAGAGUCUUGAUGAUAUUUGAAGUAGCAAAAGAUUUUGUGGCGAAAAAAGUUUAAAGCAAAAUUAUUUUGACGUCGGAUUAAACUUUUGAUCCAGUUUCACUGAUUUGCUUGGACUUGCUUUUCUCUUGCUGACCUUCGUAGGAUUUAGGUAUUGAUAUUCGAAGACGAUUGAUGAAGAUGGGAACGAAACCUUAGAUAUAAAUUUUGUGAGAUUAUGCUCUCUCGGUAAUUGAAGCGUAUAUUAACGCUACACCAUC